AAACCAGUGUCAACCACAGGUGUCAACAUGGAUUUUUGUAGAAUUUUUCUAUAAAUUAGCUAUGGAAGUUAAAGUUGAAAUUAAAAAAGAGUUGGAUGAAUACGACCAAAAAUAUAUCCAGACUCAGUUAUCCACAUCAAUAGAUUUGGAAAACUUAAAAAAUGAACCAAAGGAAGAGCCUCUAGGUUGUCCUGAGGAGGUGAACAAAAUGAUUCAACACCAUGAAGAUAAUACAUUAAAUAAUAAUAUAAAACUUCAAACUGGACAAAGACUUCAUGAAUGUGAAAUCUGUUUGAAUAAUUUUUCUCGGGCAGAUGCUUUGAAACGACAUAUGAGAUUGCACACUGGAGAAAAACCUUACAAGUGUGAAAUUUGUUUUAAGCAGUUUUCUCAAAAAGAUCAAUUGAAACAACAUUUGAUGACACACACUGGAGUACCACCUUACAAGUGUGAAAUUUGUUUUAAUCAUUUUUCUCAGGCAGGUUCUUUGAAACGGCAUUUAAAAUUGCACACUGGAGAAAAACCUUACAAGUGUGAAAUUUGUUUUAAGCAGUUUUCUCGUCGAAGUCAUUUGAAAAGGCAUUUGUUGAUACACUCUGGAAGAAAAAUCAAACCCGAAAAACCAUACACGUGUGAUAUUUGUUCCAAACAGUUUUCCCAGAAAAGUAAUUUGAAAGGACAUUUGAGAGUGCACACCGGGGAAAAACCCUACAAGUGCGAAAUUUGUUUCAAGCAGUUUUCUCAAAAAGGUCAAUUGAAAUCACAUUUGAUAACACACAACGGAGAAAAACCCUACAACUGUAAAAUUUGUUUGAAUAAUUUUUCUCGGCCAGAUGCUUUGAGACGACAUAUGAGAUUGCACACUGGAGAAAAACCUUACAAGUGUGAAAUUUGUUUUAAGCCGUUUUCUCAAAAAGAUCAAUUGAAACAACAUUUUAUGACACACACUGGAGUACCACCUUACAAGUGUGAAAUUUGUUUGAAUAAUUUUUCUCAGGUAGGUACUUUGAAAAGACAUUUGAGAGUGCACACUGGAGAAAAACCUUACAAGUGUGAAAUUUGUUUCAAGCGGUUUUCUCGUCAAAGUCAUUUGAAAAGGCAUUCGUUGAUACACUGAAGAAAAAUCAACUCCGUAUAAUGGUCCUGGGGGUUAGCCCUUAGCUGGGAAGUAUCAGGAUACAGACUAUUUACAAUUUCAGUUAUGCUGGUUUAGUACUUAAUUGAUGAUGUAUCGCGAAUUAUGGUGCAAUAACCCCAGAGGUCAGCGAUCCCAAUCAGCAGUUUUACCUUUUAUAUUCAGAAUUUAGAUUUUAUAUAAAAGUAAUAUCAUUGUAAUAUUUCAAUUAUUUUCUAUCAAUAAAUAGUGAAGUCUA